AUGUUUAGCAGUCUUUUAGAGAAAGGAAAAAAUUUAACUAACAAGGCAAAAGACCUUGUUUAGUAGAUUGGUAGCGAAAUAGACUAACAAAAUCAAGCUUAAUUGAAAGGAUUAACAGGGUAGUCUCCUGCAAAUAGUACUCCUUAGAACCAAUAAAGAUCUCAAUAGCAAUAGCAAUAAUAGUAAUAAUCACAAACUAAUAAGAACAAAUAAGAAGACUUUAAAGAUUAAUAAAAAGAAAAAUUAUUAUUAGAUCACAUUUAAUAGCUCAAACAAAUAGAAAAAAGCUUAAGUGAACCUCUCUAAAAUAGUACUCCUGAAGAUUAAAAGAAAAAAAUCACUUCUAUGGUCAAUACUAUUUUAAAAGAAAAUAUGAUGAAAUUUAUAGAAAAGGUAAAGUAACAAAUCGUUAUAAAGAUACACGAAAGAGUAGUUAAGCUUAUAGAUGAAAAUUUAGGAGAUGAUAUUCCAAAAGAUUAGAAAGACUAAUUGAAAACUAUUUUCAAUGUCGACUAUGAUGAGAAAGAUUUGAUGCAAUAAAAUGAGGAAUUCAAUUAUGAUAAUAUUUUAUAGCUUUUUGUUUAAAAAGAAGACUAUGAAACGUUAAAAGUUUAAUUAGAAAAGUCAAAUAGCUUAUACGCUGAAGUCAGAAAAAUUAUAGAAGAAUAAGAAGCCUAUAUAGUUGUAGAGAAGAAAGAACUGCAAGAAAAAUAGCAGUCUCAAGAAAAACUGAUUCAAUCUUUAUAAUAAGAAGUUAAAAGAAAUGAAGAAAACCUUAUUCAGAAAACCAAUGAGCUGCUUAAAACUGUCGAAGAUAACAAUGAAUGGUAAGAGAGAUUUUAGAAUAUCAAAAAAAGUGUAUCAGAUUCAGAUAAGCUUUUAAAAGAAUAAGAGAAUAUUGUCAAAAAUUUAGAAUAGUAGCUUCUUAAUAAGUCUGAAUAAAUAAAUUAAUUAACAUAGCAAAAUGACUAACUGAGUGAAGCUCUUAAAAAACUUAAAGCUUAAGCUUCAAAUGAGAAUUAAAAUAUUGACCAUUUGAACAAAAAGAUUGAAGAACUGAAUAGCUUGAUGCAAUAAAAAGAAACAGAAAAAGAAGUUGCUAAAGAAGAGAAAUAAUAGUUAUAACUUAAAACAGAAGAAUAAAAUAAGCAAAUAGCUGAAAUGUAAGUUUAGAUAGAAAACUUAAACUCUGAACUUAAGGUUAGCAAGUAAAAUUAUGAAGAGUCUAUGUAAAAUAAAUAAAACAGCCAAGAGAUUGAGGAUAAAUUAGAAUCAGAAAAAAAUGCAUUAAAAGAACAGCUUGAAAAUAAAUAUAAUGAAAUUUGUGGUUAAAAAGAUGCUUAAAUUUCAUAAUUGUAAGAAGAAAUAUAAAAAUAUAGUCUCGAAAUCUAAUAGUUAAAAGAGCAACUAUAAUAAUAGAUUAACAAAGAAGCUUCAUUAAAUGAUUAAAUUUCUUAAUUACAAAAAGAAAGUGAAGAAAUAGCAAAUUUAAAAUAAUAGCUAGAUUAAGUAUAGAACAAGUAGAAUGAAAUUCUUGCUUAAAAACAAUAGGAAGUAACUGAUUUGUAAAAUUAAUUAUAAGAAAUGACAGCUCAAAUAAAUGAGGGAACUAAAAAAUUAUUAGAUUAGGAAAAUAAAAAUCACAGUCUUUCUUAAUAAAUUUAAGAAUUGGUUAACGUUUAAUAAAAAAAUAUUGAGUUAUAGAAUUAAAUAGUUUAGCUUUAAGAAAAUGAAUAAAAGUAAGGCCAAGAAAAGCAUUCACUUAUUUAGAAAAAUGAGCAUUAAGUUAAUGAAAUUAACUAAUAAAAAGAAUAAAUUACCAAACUAUAAGCUGAAUAAAGAGAAUUAGAAGAGAAGGUUUAAAAACUUAAAGAUACGAUAGAAGAGAACGAAGAUAUGAUAAACAAGCUUAAGCAGAAAGAACAAAAUAUUACUAAUGAUUCUUCUUCUUUGAAACAAAAAUUAGAAGAGGAGAUUGAAGAGUUAAAAAGACAUGCCCACGAAGUAAAAGAAUAAUUUAAUGUAGAAAGAGGAGAAAUUAUAGAAAAACACAAAUAAGACAUACAAAAAUUAUAAGAGUCAUUAUCAAAGGAAGGCUAAGGUAUAUCUGACGAAAUUGCUAAACUCAACGAGGAGAGAACAAAACUUAGUGAUGAAAAUUUUGAAUUGAAACAAAAUAUAAAAGAUCAUCAGAAAGAUAUAUAGGCUAAAGAAGAGGAAAUUAAGAAAAUUAUGAAAAAUUUAGAAGAAUAAAUUCAAUAAUUUAAUAAUUUGAAAGAUAGUUACAAUAAAUUAGAAGAGGAAUCUAAUAAAUCCAAGAAAGACUUUGAAAAAAGAAUGGAAAAAUUAUCUUCAAAAAAGAAAGAAGCACUAGAAAAGUUAGAGAAUAAUAUAAAAGAACUAAAUAUCCAAGUAUAGUAAAAGGAUGAAGCCAUUUAAAAACUUGAAACAGAAAAGACAGAAACAGAAAAAAAAUAUUAAUAACUUAAAAAGGACAGUUCAACUCAAUCAUCUAUUCAAGAAGAGCUUAAUGCCUAAAUAAAUCAAAUUAAAUAAGAAUAUGAAUUGAUAAGCCAAAAAUUAUAAUCUGAAAAUAAUGAACUGAAACAGAACCAUGAGGCUUAAAUUAAAAAGUUAAAUGCAGACUAAAUUGAAGAAGUUCAAAAUUUGAAAGAUUAAUUCUAACAAUAAACUGAAUAGCUAAAAUAAAAUCUUAGUCAACAGGAAUAAGAGUUAACUUAGCAGAUAAAGAUUAAAGAAGAAGAGUAUAAUGUAAAAUUAGAAGAUGAAAAGUACAUUACAGUUGAUAAUAAUAGAAUUUUGGUAAGAGAAUAUAUUUAAUAGCUUCAAUGUGAAUCUGAGUAAAAGAGAGAUCAAAUUAAGUAAUUAGAAUAAUAAUUGCAAGAAAAAAAAGAUUAAAUAAGUAAUUUAGAAACAUAAAUUCCAUUAUUAAAAUAAAAAAUAGAAUAGUUAGAAUGUGAGCUUAAUUCUCAUUUAACUGAAAAACAAAAUUAAUAAGAAUCUUAAAACUCUUCUUUGUCACAAAAAGAUGAAGCAAUUAAGCUGCUUUAAACUUAAAUUAGCUAAUAAGAAGAAUAGUUAAAGGAACUCAUUUAGCAUAAGGAAGAUAAUUUAUAAUCUCAUUCCGAAAAAGACUCUUAAAUUAAUUCAUUAACUUCUUAAAUAUCAGAUUAAGUGUUAAAAUUAGAAGAACUAUAAAAACAAAAGGAUGAGUUGCAAAGAGAGAAAGAUGAGUUGUAGAAAGAAAAAGAAAGUUAGCAAUAAGAAUCAUAAAAUUAAUUGAUAUAAGAAAUUACUUUACUCAAGCAGUAAUUAUCAGAUAGUCAAAAGUAAAUUGAAGAAAAUGAAAAAUAGAUUGCAUAAAUAAGUUAAGAGCACAAGACAGUUGUGGAUGGAUUAUAAGAAAGCUAUAAUAGAAAAGAGAAGGAGGCUAAAUAGUUGGAAGAUUAACUAAUUAGAAUAUAGUAAUAACAUUAGGAAGAACAAGCAGAGUUGUAAAAGAAAUCUUAAUUAGACAGUUCAAACAUGGUAAAGUUAAAUGAGAAAAACCAAAAAAAUAUAGAGGCUCUAAAGAGAGGAAAUAGAGAAUUAAUUAACAUGAUUAUUGAUAGCUAUUCAGCUUUAUCUAAUUAACUAGAUAAUGCCAAUAUUUAGAGUUAAGUUAACGCCAUUACUGAAUGUAUUAAAAAUACUAGUCCAGACAUCAUGAAAGAAUUUUAAAAGUUCUUAUUGGAAUCAAGAAAUUUAAUUUCUGAGCAUUACUAAAACUAAAUAAAUAAUGUCAAAAAUUAAGAAAAGCAAAGAUACAAUAAGUUGUUAGAGCAAUUUAAUAAGAGUUAAGAUGACAUAAAGUAACUUAAUUCUAAAAUAAAGGCUGCAGAAAAGCUAGAAAGACAAGUCUAAGAAUAUAGCGAUAUUAUAGCUCUUCAAAAAUAGACUAUUUAGAAAAAAGAAGCAGCAUUUAAAGAUCUCCAAAUUGAAAUCUCUUCAUCAGAUGCUGAUAAAAGAACAGAAUUAGCAAACUUGUAGGAAAAAGUUUAGUUGCUAAAACAGAAAAAUGAAUAAUUAAUAUCAGAGAAUACAGCUUAAAAAGAAUUAAAUGCUAAAAUUCUUCAUGAUAUUUAAGACUUAGAAUAAAGCAAAGCUUAACUUGAAGAAAAGGCAAAUCAGGGUAGUGAUUUGAUAAUGCUGAUCUAAGAAAAAGAUAGCCAAAUUUAAGCCUUGGAAGAAAGUCUUUCAAGCUUAUAAACUAUUCACGAGGAUUUCUAAAAAAGAAAUGAAUAAUUAGCUAAGAAGUAUGACUUUGAACUAAAAAAAAUAAGAACAGAGCUUGCUUAAUCUAAAGAAAAAAUUGCACUUGUUGAUGAAUUGACUGCUCAAAUAGCUUAGUUGGAAAGUGCUUUUAAUGAAAAGAACUAAAAGUAUAACACUUUAUAAGAAAAGUAUGCAGAAUCUGAAAAGGAAAGAGCUUUAAUUAAAAAUGAAACAAAUUAAUUACUAAAUAAACUAAAAUCUGAUGCUGUAAAGUCUGAAUACUAAAUUGAUCGUAGAGUAAUUUCUAAUUUCCUAGUUUAAUACUUUGACACAAAUUCUAGUAAUCAAGUAAAAUUGCAAAUUCUAGAAACAAUGUCUUCAAUCUUGCAAUUUAAUGAAGAAUAAAAAGCAAAGAUUGGCAUCUAGAAAUAAAAAUUAGGAUAUGUAUCUGCUCCUUAAAAUUAAUAAUAAGAUCAAAAUAAUGGAUAGAAAAGUUUAGCAGAUAAAUUCUUCUCAUUCCUUCUUUCAAAUGAUGAAGAAGAGUCCAAAUGA